ACUGCAUGCAGAGACGCCUCCAGCUCGCUUGCAUGACUUCACCGCCCAAUUAGCCCAACGCCUUCCGCCUCACCUGCGCCCGCCCUAGCUUCCACGCAAGCACCGGACCCUAGAACGAAGUGAAUCUGAGACGACGGUACGGCAGGGAAUAGAAGGAGAAGUACAGUGCAGUACAGACAAACCGGCAUGGGCUCGAACCCACCUCACGCCACCUAUGGCAGCUACCAUCACCUUCCCUCCUACAACCAACAAGGGCCUUACCUCCAUGGCUCUGCUCCCUCUGCCGCCGCUCGUCCUAUAGACUCGGCCAUGGACAAUCCUCCCUCUCACGUCGGCGUGUCAGAUCCCAGCUUCGACAUCCUCGACUGGCAUCCUGCCUUCCUGUCCUGCCAGCGCUACUUUCUCGAUCAUGCGCAAUUCGAGCCGGGCACGCAAGCAGUCUGCGCUCUCAUCAAUAUCCGCCUUCCGUUCCAAUGGCUCGCCACGCCCGUCACCUCGUCCACCCCGCCAGCGCAUGGUGCUUCAAACCAACACACAUUCAGUUUCAAUGCCUACUCCCGUGGCGGCAGUAAUGUCAACAGUCCCCGCUCACGCGAACAAUCACGCGACCACGCUGGCGGCGGUGGUGGUGGUAGCAGCAAUCAUAGCAAUGCAACGCAACUCCACGUCUCGCCCGUCCCUUACAUUCGUCGCCUCGUCGUGACGGGCUUCGACAAGGCCGCAAUUCUGCAUGGUUUCUUUGGCGACGAUUAUCAACGCGGCAUCCUACCUCACGUGGAAUGUGAAAGGAGGAACUAUCUCUUCGCUGCAAAACAUGGUGGCUGGAGAAGUUGCAAGAAACAGUAUGAUGUGGGCUCAGGCUAUGGGGAGGAUGAGACGGUGCCUUUUAUGAAACCUUUGGACGAGGCGACGGCGCAAGAAUUGGCAGCUGCCGAGAAGCAGUGGAGUAAAUGGUUGGCUAUGGAAGACUGGAUGGUCGGGCCACGCGCGCCUGGUGGAGAAGAGGGGAGGUCUUUCGAGGAGCAGGAGAGGAGCUUUGCAGGAAGUCGAGGUCGAGACAGUACAAGUGGACUUCCCAAUGGUGUUGCAGACGUUCCUCCGGACGGCAUGCAUGAGCGCUAUCGUUUGAGGUAGGAAAGCGGACGUGACCCUCAGGCUGCAUAUUCAAGGAGAUCUAGGUCUCCGCGGCGGGGGUCACAGGAGGCGGCCAGGAUGAGUGCGCUGUCGACUUGGAGUAGGAGGGAGAGGAAUGAACAAGGUAUGCCGGCAGCAAAUGUAGGUGCCUGGAAGCCUGGAGAAGGAGGGUGAUCCUCAUCACCAUAUCGGUGCGAGAGGCGCAGGAUUCAGUUGGUGAGGUCUGGAUAGCUCGUCCCCCAUCCUCCGGUGUGGGGGACGAGAACAUGUCCCAGGCGCGCGAGACUCAGAACGCGAUGAGCUCGAAUGGCUUGGGUGCUUUUCGUGUCUUGUAGGAUAUCAUGACACCUAAUUGGACGGUACUAACAGGACAUACUUAUGUAACAUGAUAAUGAGCUAACUUAUUCUACC